CUAUUGAAAGAAAAAUUUUAAGAUAGAAAAGCUCUUAUGACUAUAAAUUUAAUUAAAGCUUAGUAUUUCCAUGAAGAUUAAGUAGGCCUACUCAGUCUCUUUCCCUAGGAAGUGCCCUUUUCUUUGUGCUGUAAUCAAGGAGUUUGCCAGACAAUGAACUUGGGAGUGAUAGAUUUUUCUGUCUUGCAUUCCCCUUAAGCCUUCUGCCCAAUUUCUUCUCUGACUCUAACCCCAAAAUUAUAUUGACUCAGAGUUGAUUUUUCAAGAGCUUUAUUCACACAGUCUGGCAAGUUUGCCUUCUGAAAGGCCCUAUUUAGAUUUUCUGUUAAUUCAACAAACAGAAGGGGCAAAACAAAGUGUUGCAAGAAACUGAAAAUUUAAUCUGGUAUGUUUAUAACUUCAUUCUUGGUUCUCAGGCAGGUUUCUCAACUUCUGCUUUCCAUUUAUAGCUGCCAGGCAAUAAUACCAAAUUUUUGUAAUCUUGGUAAUGUAGUGAAGCCAUAAAACACCCAAAAGGAGAACUAUCUUAGUGCAGGCUAUUCCUACUCAUGGAACCACACCAUGUUCACCUACUUUUCAAACUUCUGUUUCUGGAUUUUGGCAUAUUCUGCAGCAAAUGCAGAAAUAUCCAUUUCCAAGCUGUUCAGAGGGACAACCCCAUGGAGGGGUAAGAGGAAUGAAGAUGAGUUUAUAACAAGGCACAUGGUAGUGUGAGACAAGGUCUGCUCUGCCUUCUUUCAUCACAGCUGCAGUGUUAGCUGUAUUUCUCUUUUUCCAUGUUGCAGGUAGGUUACAUGGUACAGGAGUUGCUGCAUGUUUGCACACCUCAGGAACAGAGAUAGGGGAUGCAAACAGGGACAUCAGUGGCCUUCUGACAAAGACACAAACCAUGGAUUCAGUAUUUGUGCCUGAAAAUGGCUACCUUGAUUUACUGCACAGUGAUAUUGAUCCAUUGCAUCUGUGUACUUUCUUUGAUCCUAAGUUACCUGGAGAUGAAGAAGGUGACUUCUCUACAGAUCUUGAAGUUGAUGCCAGCAACUAUGAACAGUUAAAUAAUGUGGAUUUCCCAUAUGAAAAUGGAGAUGGCUUCUACCCCUGUUCCAACACCAUGGAUGCUUAUGCUAAAAUCGCUGAAUUAGUAGAAUAUGUGCUCAAGGAUCAGCAGGAGAAGCAGGUCGAAGACAUUUUUGCAGGGAACCUUAUUUUGGAUGACAUUGCUGCUGAAAACACUGAGAAAUUUCCUGACAUAAAGAUGCAGACAUGUCUUAAACGAACUUUCUUAGGCUCUGCGGCAGAGGGUUACUGUGAUGUUUCAGAACCCAAAUAUAAGAAAAUCGCAGAAGCCCCUGCAGCGUCUGCAGGGAAUGGCAGUUUCUUUGCUAUGCCUCUCAACAGCCACCCAGUGAGCUGCACCUCCCUAACUAACCAGCACAUGUCCUUUUCUGCUCCUGCUGCCCAGGGGCUGGAAAGAAACCUCAUAAUUCCUGGAUUGUCAGAACCUUUGACCUCAGAGUGUCUACUAGCCAGUGUGAAGGAGUACCAAGAGAAUCAAAACUUGGCAAGUCCUCCUCAGCAGAUAUUUAACUUUGUUCUUGAAAAUAGCACAUCUGAUGUUAUAGUAUAUCCAGUGCUGGCAUCUUCUGUGGAAACAUUCAUAUCUCCAAGUUUUCCAGUUAAUUUAUGUGCACAACAAACGUAUGCCGCAAGCCCCGGAAUUCCAGAUGCAGCAGCAGACAAAUUAGCACAUUUAGAGACAUUUCAAGAAGUUCAAGAUUCCAUAAUUUCUUCUGAAGAACCUUUCAAAAGACCAGAGCAAGUGGAAACCUUCUGUUCGUCACUUAAAGAUUAUUUCCGAGACACGUGCAAAUCUGUGACCAUGGAACGGGAAGUAAAUCUGGAUCACCUGUUCAUUGAUGGGACACUUGUUCAACCUCAAACUGAAACAAAGACUGGAAAAAAUAGUGCAAAAGCAAUGGAAAAGGAGCUGAUAACUUGCAGCCUGCAAGAGAAGGAAAAGACAGCCAUUGAUAGAAGCCAAAUAUUUCAAAUCCCACAACGUAAAGACUUAGAGACUAAAGUGAUUGUGGUGCUGGGUAAAGCAGGAAUGGGCAAAAGCAUUCUGGUUCAGAAGAUCUGCCAGGACUGGUCCAGUGGAGAGUUUUCUCAGUUUGAAUUUGUAUUUUGGUUUGACUGCAAACAAAUAAACUUGCCUGAGAAACGAUACAGCCUGAAGGAACUGCUGCUUGAAUUUUUUGUAAAACCUCAAGAGGGAAGCAAAGAGAUCUUUGAGUAUAUAUUGCAAAAUCCUGCUAAAGUCCUUCUGAUUUUUGAUGGGUUUAAAGGAUUGCAUGAUCAUGAGAAUUUUCCUCGUUGCUCAGCCAGCCAGCCUGAAAAGGAUUUGUGCAGUAUAAAGGAGCUGCUUUCAGGACUCAUCCAAAAGAAGUUACUCAAUGGUUGUACUUUAUUAUUUACAGCAAGGCCAAAAGACAAACUGUACCAGUAUGCAUCCAAAGUGGAUAAGACUAUUGAAAUAGUAGGAUUUUCCUCUCAGCAGAGAGAAUUGUACAUAACCAAAUAUUUUGAAGAAUCAUCCUACUGUGAUAGUGCACUGAAAUUAAUCAAAGAGCGUGAGUACUUGUUCAGUCAUUGUUACAGCCCUGCUAUGUGUAGAUUUGUUUGUUUUCUCUGUGAGGCAGUGCUUGAAAUGGGAGAGAAAAGUCUUCCUUCAACUCUUACUGAAGUCUUCCUGAAAUUUUUUAAGCAGAAGAUAAUGCUUAUGCAAACAGAUGUUACAACCACACAAAAUCAAGAGAGUCUUGCUACCCUAGCCCGUAUAGCCUGGUGUCUUGGAGAAAAGCACCAAAGUGCCAUGAAAAGUGAUCUUCUUCCUUCUAAGGAAGUUAAAGAGUUUGCUCUGAAGUAUGGAUUUGUCCUGCCAUUUGCAUUCCCCAGACAUUCAGAUAGUGAAGAAGAGGAAUUUGGGAGCACAUUCUCUGAUUUUGUCAUUCAGAAUUUCUUGUGUGCACUCCACCUUUUGUUAGCAGAAGAACUCAAGGAUAAAAAUCUAACAAAGUACCUGUCUUUUCUAUCCAAGAAGAAAAAACCUUAUAACUGGUUAGAUUUGAUGCCUCGAUUUUUGGUUGGUUUGAUGUUUCUCCAGGAUGACCUCUAUUUGUGCUCUCUUUCCAAUGUGGAUGCAAAACAAUCAACCAAGAAACAGAAGACACUCUUGAAAUACAUUAGAAGGCUGCAGAUUAAUACUCUCUGUCCAGAGAGGUUGCUGGAGCUUUUUCAUUGUGUUUAUGAAACACAGAACAAUUAUCUUCUGCAGCAUGUGGCCUUAAGACUCGAACCAGACUUGUCUUUUCUGGGCAUGGUUCUUACUCCACCUGAUGUCCAUGUACUGCUCUCUAUUUUGAAAAGGUCAAGAAAAGAGUUUUCCUUGGAUUUGCGAAACAGCAGCAUUGACAUGCAAGGGCUGCAAGCCUUGGUCAGCCUAAGGAACGUGACAUCAUUCAGGGCUUCCCUCAGUGACACAGUCAGGCUCUGGAAAUCUUUAGAACAGACAAAAGAAUAUGAACUGCUGAAAGCAUCCACAGAAAAAUUUGUUCUUGAUCCCUUUAAGGCAAAGACAAUGAAAGACAUCAGUGACCUCUCCGACCUUGUAGAGAUGCAGAAGAUGAUGAAUUGUGUUCAAGAAGCAUCUGGUUGCACCAGCUAUGAAAUUCCUGCCAUUAGAAACCUCAGAAAACUCGAAUUUGCGCUGGGUCCAGCAUGUGGCCUCCAAGGAUUGCUAAAACUCGUGAAAAUCCUUGCAGCAUUUCCAUCACUUCGGCAUUUAGACCUUGAUGCUCUGAGUGAAAAUGGCAUAGGAGAUGAAGGAGCAAAGAGUCUAUCUGAAGUCUUUCCAACCCUGACAUCGUUGGAAACAUUAAAUUUAUCACAGAAUAAAAUAACAGAUCUGGGUGCAGAGAACCUCGCUACAGCUCUCCCUUCCUUGUCUUCCUUAAAAACACUAAGCUUGUACAAUAAUAACAUUUGUGAUUUUGGAGCAGAAAAUCUGGCAAAGGCUCUUCCUGCAAUGACAUCUUUAAGAGUGCUAGAUGUUCAGUAUAACAAAAUAACUGGUGUUGGAGCCCAGCAGCUGACAGACAGCCUACGAAAAUGUCCCCAUAUAAAGAACUUGGUGAUGUGGAAUCCCACCAUUCCCUAUGGAGUUCUUGAACACCUUCACCAGCUGGACUCCAGGAUCAGUGUGUAGAUUCAGAGGAUUCCAAAGAGGUGUCAUAAAGAAGAGGGGAAGGUGUCCUCUGUGUUUUCCUGUCUUCUUUCUGCUUUAUGAAUCAGUGUUUUCAUGUUUGUUGCAAAAAUAUCACAUUUAAGUUUCUAAGCUAUGCUAAAAUGGGGUGAAUGAUAGAGUUUUAAAAUGCUAUUCAAAGACCCAGCUGUAUUUCUACUUAAGUGGUAGAAGAGUUAAGCAACAUCAAGCUUCAAAGAUGAAAAGAGCAUCUGGAUACUGUGACCACCAAUAAAAGAGACCAGGAACCAUCAGGAUAUUGUGAGUAUAAAAUUCCAUCAUCGAGUCAUGGAAGUGUAAACUGAAAGCUGCUUAAAUUGCAACAUCUGAAGCACUGACAGAUCAAAUCUGAUUGUUUGUUUCAUGGUGCCAGAGGUAACUGCCAUCAGAUUUGGUCUGAUGAUUUUGGACUUUCAAAGAUCAAAGUUACAGAUUUCACCUAUCUGUAUGGACUGAUUGGAAGCACUAGGGUGAGGAGCAUAAAAAAGAAUCAUCGAGCCCUAGAAAACAUUCUGAUAUUAUAAGAUUAUCCACAAGAAUCUAAAAGUCGCUCUUUUCUUCAUAAUAAUCAGUGAAUCUAGAAAUUGCUCUUUUCUUCACUAGUAACCAGUGCUGCCUGAAGGGACAGAAACAUAUCUUCUAUGACUUGUUACAGAAUCUGUCAAAAAGACUGGUGGGUGGGAACAAAGAAGAGAAGAAUUGAAAGUGAAAACUAUGAAAGAUUUUUUUAACAUUAUUGUAGAAAUCCAAAUGGAUAAAAAUAGCCAGUUUAUUGCACACAAAUCCUCAAACAAUCUUUGAAGGUUUUUACUUUGUCUCAAAUGAGAACUUUAAAUUCAUAUACCUGGAUUGGUAAUUUCUUAAAUGCAGCUGGCAGCAUAAAUGUUUACAAGCACCAAUUUUAUACUUGACAGUGAUAUCACUACUAUGUGUGGUUUAUGUGACCUUCUGGUACAGAGUUAUGAGUAACCAGGCAAUCAGACAAAAGCACAUCUCAAAGCACUAUCAUGUCUAUGCUGCUGGUCUCAGUCAUAUGUGGGCCAAAUAUGCAUUCUGCUGAGUGCAACAGCAAAUCAAUUGUCUCUUUUAUUCUUUUAUUUCUGCUCUGUGAACAUGAAGAGAACUUAAAAUUGUGCAGAGGCAAUUGUCAGGUCAGGAGCACCAUUCUGGCUUCCUGUCCAGAUACAGUCUGAGACAGUACCACAAAAAGGGAGGGAAAAACCUAGGAAUGCUCAAAAUGCUACAAAUUGGGAAGUUUAUACUUCACAGUUAGCUCAGGGUUAGUUCAACAACCUCUUUGAAAUCUCUUCUGCUAGGAAGCACUGACAAUACUGACCCAAGGAUCUGUGCAAACUAGAAUCUCUCAACUAACCUCUCCAACACUCUGUUUCUUGGUCUUUUAAAACUCCCACAUUUAAACAGUUCAGAACCACAACAUUCAUUUUCUUUUGAACAAAUUUUACUCCUCUGCUUAAGUUUCAAUGCCUGCAGAUUCUUGACAUCAGGUAUGUGGACAAAUUAAAGACAGUGAACAAAUUAAAGAAAAAAGGGAGGAAGGAAUACUUGUUCAUUGUUUCUGAGAGCAGAGAAUCAUAGAACAUGUGAAGGAACAGCAAGGUGGAAAAACACUGUGGAGAAUAUGAUUGUAAUUAGAAUGUGGCAUUUCUGUUAACUAUCUGCAUGGUUCUGAUCUCUAACCAAAUUCUAGCCAGAGCCAUGGAUAAAAAAAUCUUAUUUAUUCUCUCCUCUUUGAGCUGCUUGAAUGAGAGGGAGUUUGAGCCAAAUCUGGUGUGAUAUUCCCAUCAGCCUGCAGCACUCCAGCCAUGCACAUCCGUGGUGAGCCCUUGUCUUGGCUUCUCUUAAACCAAGCUUUGGAUGACAAAUGCCCCUUUAGGGAUAUAUUCUGCAGCUGCACUUUACCGUGACUGAGUCUGAGAAUGUGCUAAAUAUUCCACAGGCAGCUGAAUGUUACAGGAUGCUGUCUAGACUGCUAAAAUCAUGUUUGGUGUACUGCAGUUCUCUGAGUUAGUAGGAGAUGUACAUUUAUAAUCUACCGAUUGUAAAUCUUGAUAUUUUGGCGUUGGUUUGUGUUUUGGUUGUCUUUACACAUCUUUUUUAAAGUAUUAAUAAAAGUGUUUAACAGUACCUUUUAGUACCCGUUGAAAAUGUUUCUCUUGGAAAUACUAUGAAACCACACAUCAACUGCUGGCUUCUGCCACAGUAACAGGCUUGGGGCUUUGUAUUGCAGGUUCAUGGGAAGCACUGUGUGUGAGGGAGACAGGAUGGUCCUGCUGGCACUGAACAGUUCACUGGGCUGGAAAUUAAGAAAUAAUUCUUUCUUAACAGGAACAAGUUCUUGCAAUGCCAAAUGACAGACUAAGUUCAGGAUCAGGAGAUACAAAUGUGCUGACUGAGGCCACCUGCUAAUAAAAGCAAAAUGGGGUUUUCAUCCUUUCUAAAUCUUCGCAGUUAGAAGUUCUAAAAUUAAUCCACAUUCAAAGUCUGGUGUUCUUAUGCCAUCAAGCUCCUCAAAAUGCUUUUGUCAAAAGAGUGCCUUGUGUAUAGAAACUGAAUUCACUAGCUACCAUCUAAGAAGCUGUUGUGAUCAAAUCUCUGUUAUAAAACACCUUUCAGGAUGAGAAAAAUGCCGCUCUCUUUAUGUCCAUCUUUUUGUUGUCAAAGAAGUCUUGCUAAAAUGCCAAGGAUUGUGUUAUCAUGUUAGUCAGAGCCUGUAACACUCUCCCCAACCUUUAAAUGCAUGAUGCUGAGCUGUUCUGAGAAAUCAGAAAUCUUGAUCUAAGAUUCAGAAUCUCCAAAGUGACUGACUCAAGGAAAUUUGUAUUGUUUUAUUGACUGUGUGGCACAAACCCACUGCAGAGAAUUUAUUAAACUCCUAGGUACUGCACCAAGUACCAAUAGUGACAAACUGAACCAGGUUCUUAAAAAGGCAUAAAUGGGAUCCUGCAAAACUAGUGAAGCCAUCUCUGUGAGCACUACGAAUUAGUAAUUAUAAAGGCAGCAAGAAUGCCCCCUGCAGUAGCAAAAUUCAGCCUUAACUCUGUUAGUAGCAAAUGGGUACAUGAACACAAGCUUGACACAUUCAUGAACUUGAGUAUUCUUUCUAUAGGUACCUAAAUGGGGACAUGCCUUCCCUAAAUGUAUCUUUACGUGUUAGAAUAAUGUGCCCUAAAUGACUUCAUUCCUGAAUUGCUGUCCUGGGAUUGUGUGGAACAAAACACUUGUCAGUGUUUAAAGGUCCUAAACUGCACCUGAUGAAACCUAUCUUGGAGGAAUGCUACUUGGUUUGUGUCAGUGCUUCCCCUCUUGCAGAAGCAACUGAAAAUUGUAUUUAGACCACAGAAUUUUGGGAACUGGGAGCUCAUUUCUACUGCCUAGGAGCUAAAAUGUGCUAUUUGAAUGGAACAUACUGGGAGUAUCAGGAUACACGAGUUUGUCAUUGUUUCAUGGGGGAUCUAAACCAUCACCCUCCUGUUCCCUCAUACUGGCUGAAAAGAGACUUCUGACACCAUCUGUCUGCAGUGGGGAGCCCACGCUGGGAGCAGAUGGCAGACACAGACUGCAGAGGACAGACAUCAUGCAGAAAGUGUCAGCAGAAUUGUUUUCAAUUCUUUACCCAAAAUGUUCUUGAUAC